AUGGGUGAUGUCGACCCACGCAUUAUCAAACGAACUCAAGAUACACUAGGAAAGAUUAUAAAGAAGCCGCCGCUUACAGAAAAACUUCUUUCACGUCCUCCAUUUCGUUUUAUUCAUGACAUUUGCACAUCAGUUAGUUUUUGUCUGAGAACUUAUAAGGACUCCUAGUUAAUUCGGUCAACAGGUGUCAUGAAAGGCUUAUUCACUCCCGAAGAAAUGCAAGCUGACAACGUAAAGGAAAAAGAAGCUAAAGUUCAAUUCCUGAAGAAAGUUCUCGAUUUUCUUGCUGUUGUGCACAGUCGGGUACCUCCCAUCCGUAUAUCCAGUAUAAUUGCUGGCAAAGAGGCUGACAAAACUAAUCUCCUCCUUCAACUCCUUGCUGAAACAGUCAAUCGAGGAGUACGCUUCCGUAAAAAUUCUUACUUUAGAUAAAUAACGCUGACUGUGUCGCAAAGGCCCUUUCCAAUACUCCCGAAAGUACCGAGGUACCAACGAGAAUUGAUGGUGAUAAGAAGACCGAAAACGGUUUGUCAGUCAGCAUUGACGAAUUAACUAGUCGUACCCUCUAAAAAGGCCGUACCUUCGGAAGGCCCAAAGCGACACGCCGAUGCUGAACGCCGAAAUGAACGACAAAAGCGUUCUGGCGAAGAAACACGAAUGACUGAAAAAGACGAUACUCAGCUGAAACACGCCGAAAAACCGAAAUCUAGAAAGGUCGCGUGUAAAUUGCUUAUUGUAUUUUAAAAAUAGACAGCUGACUCAAAGAAAACACCACGAGAUCACAAAGCGCAUGAAAAGGUAAUUGGUUGUUUCCAUCUCUUGAAUGCACUGAAACCGGCGAGGAAAAGUUCAAAACUAUAAUCCAGAGCAGUUUGAAAAGCGUACCAACUUACUAAUUUCAUAUCUGAGAUUCCAGGGCAUUUAAUAUUUUGCACGUUUAAGACUAGGAUCGUCCACUCGGUAAAACAUUUCCUAGAAUUAACCAAAAUCUGUUUAGGCAAACGUGACAAAGUAAUAUUCUCCUUCGAUGCCUUUUUCCUGUUUCAUUUAAAUCCCGCAAAAAGUAGGCAUCUACUCGACAUGUCGUAACCACGAGGGACCUUUUUUGAAGCGUCAUCUUGUUGGACAGACGUCGAUGAUGUCAAAUAUUAUAUCAAACUCUUAGAAUUUUGUCUCAGGACAUGCUUAAAUUUUUGUGAACAAGUGUGCAAGCAAAUAAUUGACAGGAGGAUAUGAUGGAGUUUGACGGCUGACAAGGAUUCAGAACGAUCCAAACGGCGCGACCUGUCUCAAGCGAAAUGUGCCAGGGAAUUUAUCGAUUGUAACUCAGACAGAGAAUUCUCACAAAUAGAUGUCUCACGACUCAUGUCUAAGAGGUCCGAUCUCUGCAUUCAUAAAUUAUGUGAGCGAUUUUUUGACGAUCUAAACCUCGGAAGUUAGCUCACAAACUACAAGUUACACUCAGUUGAAUGUACCUUAGCUCAGGUGUUUCACCUUUUGGUAGGAGCCCCGGUCUGUAAGCUCUUUUUAUGUAUGCUGACUGCAUCUGCGCCGGAAACGUCGAUGAAAGUUGAGGGCCUACAUGGAAAAAAUCAGCUGAAGGUCUGGCAAGCAAAUAAACCGCUAUACAAACUAUAGAAUUUGGGCGAACCUUUAGUUUUGGCGUUUCAAGUGUCCUUGGUCGAGGCAGCAUGCGAAUCGAAAACCCUAGUUUCAAGACUGUUUCCUGACGCAGAAUCUACUAACCGAUGUUUUGAGUUCAAUAUAGCCCAGCAGAUCUUGUAACUUACUGGAAUAGGCAGAUCAGGCAGUAACUAGAGCAUUCCAGCCACCGUAAGGUCCAUAAAGGCUCGAAAUUCGCGAACAUUAGAAGCAGGACGAAGAAAGAUCGAUUAAGGUCUGUACAGCUGUGCAUAUCGCACUUCGAAGCCAUCGUGGAUCUACAGCGUCAGGAUCGCAAAUUCGACAUAAACGUGUCAAAAAUCUGUCUGCGCUGAUGAAUCAUCAUUUGGAUAAAUGCAUGCUAGUGUGUAGAUUAGGCUGUGCCAAUCCAAACUUAGUAACCGUUUUUUGUGGACAAACUAACAACAAAUGACAGUAGACCAAACGGCCCAAGUUGUCAGACAGAAAAUGGGCAUGUCGAAACCAAGUCCUUCUUUUUUAUUUGCUUCCCAAUUUCAUCCUAACAAGAAAGAACGUGAGUUUUGGCGAACACCUUGGUUGAAGAUGUCUAAGGUGAGGCCAGUCAAAAUUAAUUCAUGACGUGCAAAGGUCCUGUUCUGUGAGAUGUUGAAAGCCCUCUUGCGCAAAGAAAUGCUUAGUUCGUGCUAGUUUGGCAGAAUUCUUAUUUCUGAACUUGCAUUGAAGUCGGCAUAAUGACUGACCUCCAGACGACGUGUUUUACUGCGGAUUUAAAUUUGUGUCAACAGUCUGUUAAGAAACAUAGGCCUUUGUGGAAUGCUAGAUUCCACGAGCCAAUCUAACUAACUAUUUCAUGUUCACUUUCGACCCAAGAUUAUACUUUGGGUCAUAAGAAGGACUCAGUCAAAUACAAACACGCCGGCUGACUUGUUUGUUUUUAUUCUACACUUUUAUAGGAUUUUAAACGCCACUGUCUGUCAGUACCUCAGUCGACAUCGGUUUCUAAACAGAAUGAACCUCCUCGACGAAAGCAAUGCCAAAGUCUGCAAAACAGCCAUCAUUUCCCUCUCGUUAUUAAUCAGGAGGUCACGGUCUUUUAUUAAGCACGGGGCAUUCCUAGAAUGACUUUAUCCGAACAUUAGCAAACCUAACUGGUUAAUGAAAGUGCAAACUCUACCACGAAAUAUGCUUUCGGUGGCUCCUCACACUUGCAGGACUAGCUGUGCUUUUUAUUUUGCCAGGCCACUGGGCACCUUACUUGUCUUGAGCGGAGAACUCACCGGACUGUGAUGGGUGAGGAGACAGAUGCAAGCUAAGUCCAAUAAAUCCAGGUCUGGGACUUUCCUGUGGAUUCCGAUGCGACAGCUCAUGUUGAUCUUCUAUCAACACAAUGCCAUUGCUAUUCACUUAAGAAGGUUUCCCUGUAGCAGUGCCUGAUGCCACAAAUAGUCAUUUGGAAAUCUCCUUCAUGCAUUGCGAAAGAAAGUAUACUUUUUUCAUAACACUGGAGUUAGAAGGCCUAGAGAUUUCAGUACUCAGCGAGGAGCGGCUUAUAACCACUGACCAGCAAUUCAACUGGUAAACCCGAAUAGUGCUAUGCUCUCAAGUUUUGAAUGACGAGCUUCAGGUAUUAUGAUUACAGCUACAUUCUUCUGCUCAAGAUAGCAGCAGACACGGAAUACAAGUAAAAGAUUGUUAACAAAAUACUUACAGGUUAAUGAAGUCGAAGAGACCAAGAGAACAGAAGAACCCGGCGAACGUACAGGUGCAACGUCCAGUGCGAGUCAACAAGCGAGAUCACAACCUCGGUCUCCAGCUUCCCGAAGAGAGACCCCCAGCAUCAAACGUGAAGAUUCCCCACAAGUGAAGUUAACCCCCGCUGAAGAGUCCCCUGCAGGUCAAAAGAUUUGUAGACCUCCUUCAGCAAAUGGGAAGCGAAAGCCCCUUGAAGGUAACGUUUCGGUGAUUUCCAGUUCAUCGUUCAGCUGACACAUGUUACGUGUACCACCUUGAUAAGCUGAAGUUACUUCUGCUAACCUUGUGAUUUGCAGGUAGAAAAAGUACGUUUCAUUAUUCUAGAUCGAUUGCCAUCUAACUAGUGGUCACAAACAAGACAGAGUUUUGCUUGUUAACCAUGCCUGCGUUCUCCCCUGCACAUAACAUACAUGAAUUUUCGUCGCCAACAUAUUCACCCUUUAAUUGCAUACCAAGUAAAUUUCCUUGAACUAUUCCUUUUAACCAUUUGUUUAGCGCGUCAUUCGUCACUUCAGGAGCAGCCCGAGAUGGAAAAGAAGUAAGUCCACAGAUUAUGUCCACCGCCCUCCAGUCUCCCCUUCCAUACUAAGUUUCUCCAUAUAGGUAAACUGGCAUUGAAGGUUUUGGAACUUUUAAAUGUGCUUCUUCAUAUAUGGGACAGUUUCGGUAUUUUUCCCCCAUUUUUAUUGUUGACUUUUUGUGAGAUUUGGAGAUCAAAGUAUGACUUGAUUCUAAAAAAAAUUCGAUAAAUUUGUCUACCUUAUUUGGGAUCUAGUUGUUGGACGCAUGUGAUUUCUCCCAGGAUAUCGAUUAUCGUAUUUGCAGGGGUGACGUUGAGUAAUUUUUAUUAAUUUAUAUCUUUAUGACAGGCUCCCAACGGCUGAAGAACAAAGGAGCGGUACCAAGGAUCUCCCACCACCAGACAGCGUGGAGUAAGUCAUUAACGAUAGUGCUUUAAAGUCUGCUGUCGCCUUUUGGCUUGGUGACAUGAUGAAACCGAAGUAAGACCCAGACUGCCUCUGUGGUUUUCAGGUAUUUGAAUGGGUCAUUUGGCUUGUUUGAGAUUCAGGUAGAAUCUUCCUCUUGUUCCGAAUUUGGAGAUUCACUGAGUCACUUGCAGGGUAGCAAGCGUUAGUUUUCUCCCACAUUUACAUCAGAAAAACUCCGCAACCGAACAAAACGGCUAUUCACCAUAGCGACUGACGAGAAGCGAGCACCUGGUUCCACGGCAGAGCGCCUCGUUCCAUGCUCGAAACCAAAGACUCCAGGUUAUAAGUGGUGGUUACCCACGCUCAGUUUUGCUGUGUGGUUGGCUCGCGAAGGUUUAUAAGCCAGAAGCGCGGCCACUUCGGCUCUCUUUGCUACUGACUGUACUCUUUUUUAACUGAUUCUUAAGAUCUUUUAACUAGAAGCUAUUCCAACUUCAUGUAGUAGCCAGUGCCAGGGAAUCGGAGAUAACAGAACGCAUGCACAGGCUAGCGACCACCGGUUCAUACUUCAGACAGUCCUCUGUCAGGCAGCUCAUACAUGCAAGGCAGGCAAGACCUGCUCUUGUACAAAGGUCAUCAGUGACUUCCUUCAAGCUAGUACAAAUACAUUUCGAUUAGCAGUUUGCCGGGACAAAUAGCCUUUGAAGCAGACCUUAACAGCUGCUGUCUUAGUCUUGUCGCGUCCUUUUCGACUGUUUCUUAUAUAUCUAUGACGUUCAGCGCUCACGAAAAUCUCAUCCUAUGCAGUAGAGAAUUUCUCAAGAUCAUCUGUUAAUCUCAUUUUCCUGAAAAAUACAUCUUUAGAUCUUAUUUCUGGGAGAAUGGCGUGUGACUCGCUAGACGGCCACGUCAGCCAUUGAGUCCAAUCUCAUGUCUAAUCUGCUUUACUCUAACAGUUCCCUGGGUCACUAAAGAGGCAUGAGAAGGAGACAGCUUGAUCCGAAUCCGAUCGUUGUAAGCAAUUAAUUACGCCCUGAACGCGCCACCACAUGUAAUCUGUCGUGGACUAGGAGAUUGUCGAUUGGUGGGAUAACUGAGUCCUACGCGUGUGUGAGGUGCUCUAAUGUGACCUUUAUGACAUUCACUUGUAUGAGACCUGAGAAACCCCAUGAACGGAGCCUGGUACGUGUGGAAUUAGGCGCUGAUCGUGUGUGGCACUCACAGACGGGCUGUUUUGCGCUAUCCUCCACUGCGUCCACAUCCACCUGCGGUCCUGUUGAGUUUGUCUUGCCCUUGCAAGGUGGUGGGUGUGAGAUGAGGAGGUGAGAUAGACUGUGCGUAUGUCUGCCUAACUAUAAACAGCUCCACGUGCAAGUCACCAGCGCUCUUCCUCAUCGGUUGAGACCGUCUAACCUUCGGUUUUAAAUUUCUAUAUAAGAUGUGACCAAUACAAACUUUUUAUACAGAUAAUUCUUUGACUUAUUUUUCCCUGUACCUUCUCUUACUCUGUUAGUCCACAUCUCGUGGAAGGUGGACCGUCUGCUCCACCAAUUUCUGGAUUACUAACAGAAAACCAGGUGGACUCCGACGACGACGACAGUUUCAUUAUCGAGGAGAGUGGCAGUGGUGUGCAUCUGGCUAGGGGUGGUCUCGGUCUGGGGGAUGACCUGAUCGACGAGGACAAACAACAUGGUCUGUUCCUAGGGCCACCUUUUUGCCUUACUUUAGGGAUAAUUUGACCAUGUCAACUGAGUUUGAGGACCUCGAGUAUUUGGGCUGGAGUCCUGCUCACCCUAGGCAGCGUAAGGCGGUUGGCAGCAACACCGUGGCACACUUUGUCCUCCAACUUUUUCCUGUUAUGUCAGACGUUUCCGCACCCCUAAGCGGGGGUUGGGCAAUAGUGGCUUACAUUAAAUCAAAAAUUGUGUACAACACUAACUGGCUUUAUGAGAAGCCGUACUUAGGGUUCCGCUGGUCGCGAAGUUUUCUGAUCAUUAAACAUUAAAACAUUAGGUGGCGUGAACUCCGGUCAAGUUAACUUCUGUCAGAGGUCUCCUCUUUAGUUAGGGCAUACUACGUGAGAAUGCAGGCAACCUGAUCAUUUGAGUUAAUUUUUCUGUAUAUCCCAGAAAGUUUUAAUAUCAAACAUCUGUUUGUUCUUAUUUUUAUUGGCCUGAAAUCUGAAAAUACUCUCUCGAGGACCCGGUAUAUUUCCUGUUGUGACAUUCCGUAUGAACUAACGUGUUUUUGUGCGGCUUUCGAUUUUGGCAUAACGCCAACGUCUGGGAGGGAGUUUUUCUGUUUCUUUAUCUGUUGUAUGUGCUGUUUGAAAAUUCUCACCCAGCUGAGAGGGCUACACGAAUCAAAAAACCCUGAGCUCUUAGUAAACAUAUUAUCACUGCUGCAUUUCAGUCAUUUCAUCUAUGCUUUUGCCUCUCAUUUAUACAGGAGUACUGGUGACAAAAAUUCUCCAAUCUAAGGAGGAGCUUGGUGGUGGAAGUCUUGUACCUGGAGAACGUGGUCUAUCAAAAGUGAGUUCAAAAGGGUACAUGAACCACCUCGUAAUCUUGAUUAGAAAAUGUUCAUAUUGUAACUGAUUACGACUUUUGUGAACAAUCGUCAUCUUAAAAAUGUGCGUACUCAACAUAUGUACAUGGUAGUAUAAAAUGACACCGACGGUCGAAUCAUGGGAGAUUCUACCCCAAGUUUGUUUUCUGGGCUUGUUGUUAUCCAACUUAGUUGCACUUAAAAGGCAGCUCACUUCGACAACAAAGAAGCAUUCUUUUUCUCAACACUACGGUCUUGGUAGGUGUGCAUUCCAGAGUUUAGUGGAUGAGUGUCGUUUUGGAGACUUUCAUAGGUCUGUAUUCCUUAAUCUGCAGGAGUUCUGCAGUCCUUCUGGUGCAAUUAUGAAGCAAAUCAGCUCUAUCUAAAUUCUCUUAUAUUCUGCAUUACCUGGUACCCAUCUGAUCUACAAUGACUGCAAAGUGCUUGGAUUCGUAUGCUUACAGAGUAUGACCGGCUUUGGAGUUUUCUUUCUGUCUGCACUGUCGUUACUCUUUACACGUGGUUAUUCGAAAUUCUCAUGUUUCGACCCUUUUAAUACCUAAUUUCCUACUAUACGCCGGGAGUUUCGGCACAAAGUCGCAGAACAUGUUUAAAGAUAGGGCUAUGUACUUUCUCAGCAAAUGCCUAGGAGGUAACGCACUUUAAACGCUUGCGAUUGUUCUGUGUGCCCCAUCACAAUCAACUAUGUAAAUUGGAUUUCCUCGCCGAAUCGUCGGGACAAUUUUUUGAACUUUGAUGGCUUAUACCUCAUAACUGGAAAAUUUAUCUGAACUUUGGUAGUGUCCAGCACUACGUAUUUCAGUUUGGUUAAAUAGAACAGCAGACCCUUUGUCUUGGAUACUCCUCCUCAAAAUACAAGGCCGAAGUCCCUUUUAGGGGCGUAAAGGCCAAAUGGCCGAUCAAAAAGCCGAACAGAAAAUGCAUGCUCUAUGCCAAAAGAUUGAUUUGUAAUUCUCACCAUCACUUUUGCAUGGUGCUUUCCAAUAAAUUCACAAACUACUGUUUACUGAGGCCUCUUAUGUUGUAUACUUUAUUGCCUGUUAAACUCCAAAGUGCUAUCUUAGUUCAUAAAUUGCAUUACUUUGAUUUCUAUACCAAGCAACUGGUGGCCGAAAAACCUGUAAACUUUUUUUCACCACAGUUGUUUAAAGAUGUGGUGUUAAACAAAAUGGCACUUCUGAACGUUGCCACGCCUUCUUGAUAACAAGUCUUUUUUCUCUGGUGAAGCCUGGUUGUCUCAACUUCUGUUCCUCCGUCGUUAGGGCCCGGCCGCUCUCACCGUCACUGUUGAUGAGGCUGCAAGAAGGCGUGAGAGACAGGCAACGGAACGCGAAAUGGAGCGUCUCUCACAGGCGCUUCAGUCUCUAACACGUUCUGCUCUGCCACUGGGAAAACUGGUUGACUUCCUUCAGGAGGACCUGGAGAGCAUGCAAACGGAGUACAGAGAGUGGAAGGCUGAAGAUCAGCGACUGCAGUUACAACUCAAUAUGGUGCUAAAGUAAUGCUCCUAUUACUGUUUGAUUUUUAACCCAAUUAACGCUUUAAAUCGUGACUGAUGCUCAGCCCGGAAGAAAUCGUUCUGCAUGGGGUCUUCGUUCUACUAUUUUUGUAUGUAAUGCUAAAUGCAAUGUCCAGAUUGACUCCAGCGGCAUACGUCGAUGGUAUCCUUGUUGUCAUACCCAUAAUGUGUGGUGCGCAGACCGGACACACUCGUAAUUGUGAUCAGACCCAAAGGCAGAUAUAGAAAGCUCAGUCAACCGUCAAAUAAAAUUUCCUUCAGUCUGCGGGAUGCUAUUUUGCGUCGAAUCGGUUUGCAGUAGCUGGAUUAUCUCACGAAAUGUCAACCAAAAUUCAAAAACGUGUUUCCGAUUGGAAUGAAUUACUAGUGUGGUUGUAAUAUUGAUUAUCGUGCAGCUUAAUCCCGAAAUAUUUCAGUCCCGUCAGGGUGUCAAGUUCUGAAUGAACUUCUUUCCGACAGGCUGUAGAAACCACAGGCAGCAAAAAUUGACUGCUUAAUUAGCAUGAAUUUCUCGCAUUGACUUUCGGUGUUCUUAUGAAUUCAGCUAUAUUUUAUGGAAACCACGUAUAAAGGUAUUCCUCAACGUACUCAUUUAGCCGAAAAUUGCCUCUUAUUCAUAUGUUAUACAUAAAGAAAGGGUUUCUUCCAGCUUCUUUUAAAAGUGUUCUGACUAUGUUAUUUUUAAAAUUGUGAGGUGUCCGUUCAUACUGUGUCGUUUCUGUACGUCCACCAAAUAUACAAUAUGGUCCUCAUGAAAUGUAACAUUCCACGAACCCUAUAUGAUUUCUUCUUUACAACGUUGAUAAGUAUAUGACUUUCCAAAAGAGGAAACUAUACAGCAGAAUAAGAAUUAUUCGGUAGUUGAAGAUGUUUUUUAACCGCAAACAUACCCUUUCUUCAUGUAUGAAAUUUAAAAAGAUAAUAUUCUACCAAAUAAGUGCAGAAGAAUAUUUUUGUGCAUUUUUUCGACUGACUAUAUUAGAAUUCGUAAAGGUUUCGAAAAUCAAUGCAAAUAAACAAGUAUAGUUUUUGCAGAUGGUUGAAAAAGGGUUUAUUCGAAAGCCGGGAUCCUGGCGUGAUUGAAAUAUACUAGAAUUGUGCUGCAUCAUAACAAAUAUAACACGUUUAUGUAAGUAACCCUUUCUAAUCGAAAAGCCAUCUCUGAAUUUCUGUCAACAUUGAGCGAGGUAGGCCAGCUAGUCCGAUUUCUCGAAUCGUCCUGAUAGGAUACAGUAAGAGUGUGAAACAGAAUUGUUGCCGUGAUCAACGGACACCGAGGUGGCACAAAUCACGGUAAAAAGGGAGUUGGAUCUAGUCCUACAGCCGGCAUUAGCGACGUACUCAUCAGAUAAAAUACGCUAUAUAAUGAGCGCCGUGCACAGGACUCUCAGGUAUCUAGAGAUGGGUGACCGAGAUCGCUACUCGCAAGACCAGACCCAAAAUAAACCUCUCACAGUGACACCCUCUUCCUCUUCCGAUACUCCUAAAUCUCGUCAUGGCUCAUCAGUCUGGAAUAUCUUCACAAGCGCCAGAACUCUCAUUACUAAGGUCCAGCCAUACGUGGAUUUCGAGCCCUCGUGCUUACAAAAUCUUCAUUAAUGCGGCAAACUAUCCGUUUCCGUGAAAUGCGUUGGUGUUUGUUCGAAUCACUUAGACCUCGCAUUCUUGCAACAGGACCAAAUGUUGUUCCUUCAAGCAUUGGUGUGUGCAUCCCACUUACGUGAGGGACCAGGCGCAAAACUGGUUCUUUCCUCGGUUCUUGCCUGUGUCGUUUUCUGAACUUAAACUCUUUUAUAUAGCACAGAUUGCGGCAUGUAGGGUUGCUAGACGAAGAAGAAGAAGAAGGAGGAGGAGGAGAAGAAGAAGAAGAAGAAGAAGAAGAAGAAGAAGAAAGAAGAAGAAGGAAGAAGAAGAAGAAGAAGAAGGCGUGCGGGGGAGAGGUUUAUCUGAAUUUUGACUUUUUGAGGGCUGAUUUCGCCUACCCAUCUUCCGCUUUCGUGAACGCUUCUUUUUUGACGUACCGCCCGGGAACUGAAUUUUCACAGCCACUGACAUUGCAGUGUGUUUGAAGGAUAUACGUCAUUUGCUUGCGAGACGCUGUUUUUGUUUCCGACUCUUUGAUAGGAAGUUGAAGCGCUUCGAGUAGACUGGGGACUAGUGGCGUUUAAUGAUGAGGUUUUGUCACGAAAAAUCGAGUCAAAUCUACAUUGUGCCCCUAGUAGUACCAACGAGAAGUCCGUAAACAAUGAAAAAAUAUAACGGAGUCAUCUCGACUCUGUCGGAAAUGUUUUGAAGCCCCGUAUAUGGGCAUGGCGAGGAAGGCUUAAAAACAUCUCAGAAUUUUCUUACCACUUGAGGAGCGGAACAAACAAGGGAAAUUGAUGAUUCGGUCCUUUUUAUUCCAACGUUCUGAAGUGCCAUGUUCGUCUGACUGAAGCUGGUUUCAGAAAACACCUUCUUCAACAAUUGCCGGCCCUUCUGAGCUCUGUUUUUUUCGAUCGUCUCCUCUCCACAACAUAGUUUGCACGCCUAGCUUUCAUUCAGGACAGUAUUCUGAACGUCUUUGCUGAACGCUUCUUACAAUCUCUUGUGCCUUUGUGCGAUUUUGAACCCCUGGAUUUCCACCUCCGCAGAGACCGUAGUCAGUAUAUCGAGCCGUGAAUACCUCUUGAUUACGCCAAUCGUGCGGGGUAUUUUAACCAUAGUGUAUGUGAAGUUCCCCAGUUUAACUUGAGCUUUUUGUUUAAAAAGACAGCAGAGAGUUCUGCUUGCUUCAGUUCUCCAGUGUAAGACCGACUCCUCUUCCAUCCUCGCAGCCAUAUGCACUAACUCAGGGAUAAAAAGGCACAGAAUAGCUUUUUGACAACCGCUUCUGUUAUCUUUACUAUCCACAAUCGUCCACCAUAGCUGCUGUCGAAUAGGAAUACAUUCGCCCGUUCAAAAAAGUUCCUCUUCUCUAAGUCAAUAUGUUUUCUUCCGAAGGGUAGCUUGCCACAGAUGUGUUCAACGUCCAUAUUUGGAAAAAUUCAAGUUCCGGGGGCCAUAUCACGAGAAUAGAAGGAUUCUGCUGGUAGGGGGUUUAUUUGCGGCCUACCGUUUCUGGGGGUGAAUUUGGCUUCCCAUCUCCAGAAGGAGUUCCUUUGCAGAGCUCGUUUUGCAUGGCCAACCGAAUGCGCGCGCCACUGUAUCCGUCACCCAACUUUUCAAUGACGGUUGUGCGAGAGGCAGCGAUGCCGGUCUAAGUCCCACUAGCCUUUGUGCUUCCAAAAAGUGUUUCGAUACGCGGAAGGGUGUUGAAUAGCCGAAGUAAAAAGAUCAAUGAUGCCAUGCGAGUGUGACUUGAGCAGGCCUAUCCUGACUGUGGGAUCAUAAUAAGCAUUCCCUCUUGGCGUUGCAGACUCGGAUCCAGAGCCCAUUCAGACCACCGUGUAGCAACGAGUCAUCUAACAUUGAGAAGAUUUGCCGACAAAACAAAAGAGCACUAAAGGAGCUAUUCCUGACUUCUUAGUGGUCAUCAACUGAUGAUACUCAAAUCCCAAGUGUUGGCGCACUCGGGGUUCUGACUCCACAUACACUUGCUCUUGUAAGUUCACCUGUCUAAUCGCUUGAGCCAGUUAACUCAAGCUCUUUCGAAUAAGGUUAAGUAGUUACGGCGGCAGAUCUCAAAUGCUCAAUGCUCCGCUGGAUCCGGGUUCAAGUCUCGGGUGCGCCAGCACCUGGUGUUUGGACACACUGGGCUGAUGACCGUUGCAUCGUAGUUCGACAUACCAUUGCUCCUUUAUUACUUCCGUAUAACACAUCGAUUCGUAUUAACCGUUUCGUUUUUGGGCGCGACCUCCCCUAAGAUUACGACUUGUCAGUACUUAUGCACGGACACCAGUUACCAAUCCAUGUCAAAAAUAUAAAAAAGUAGGCUUUAACUCCCGCGAUGUCUUAAAAUCAUAAAUUUCCGUUGCAGGUUGGAUGACGAUGAGCCCAACUCAAUGGUUCCGAAAGGUCCCCUCUUUUUUCCUUUAUACCAACUCUAAACGCCGGGUACUCCAAAUUUAUGAUAGAAAUCAGCUUCUACGCGUGCGGGAAAAGUAACUGCAGCUAAGACGUCUUCGUCAUUAUGGUUAGAAAGGCCUCAUAUAACUGAAGAAGUCAGGGAGUAGCAGUAGCCUUUUUUGCCUGUUUUUUGAAUGGUAAUUCCCAACUAUGAUGAGUAACCGGUUUGUCUUGCUGUGUCCCUCUUCAGCCAAACAGAUUCCAAUCUGGACCCCCUUCGUGAAGAACUCCGCCAGCUUGAGGAAAAGAAACUCAAAUACCGACAGAUGAUUGCAAAUCUGAAGGCCAAUGUUUUUAGAAAUGAUGCGACUAUUCAAAAAAUGGUGACACAAGCUGUAGAGCGGUCUUAG